AUGAAGGUCAAGACCAUCCAGGUGCUGUGGCACGCGAAGGCGGAGAGUACCGCGGGCGCCCCCAAGCCCGCGCCCGUGCUCUCCGUCGACUUCGAUCCCGCCACCGGCCGCCUCGUCACCGGUGGCGCCGAUAAGGAGGUGAAACUCUGGUCCUUGAAGGAGGAUGCCGACGGAAACCCGGACGUGGAGCACCUGGAGACUCUCACCGCGCACACCAAGGCGGUGAACGUCGUCCGAUUCUCCCCGGGCGGCGAUAUCCUCGCGUCGGGCGGCGAUACCGGCGAGGUCCUCCUGUGGAGACGCGCGCCGGAGGGCACCAAGAACCUCCACGGCGAUCCGACCACGUGGAGGACGGCGAACACCCUCCGCGGGCACUCCGACGACGUCCAGGAUCUCGCGUGGGCGCCCGGGGGCGCCGCGCUCGUCACCGGUUCCGUCGAUAACUCUUCCAUCGUGUGGAGCGAGGCCUCAGGUCGCGGGCUGAUCCGCCUCGAGGGACACGAGCACUACGUCCAGGGCGUCGCGUGGGAUCCGCAAGGCGAGUUCGUCGUGUCCGCCUCGGGCGAUCGGAAAGUGAACGUGUACGCCACCACCCCGCGCUCGCGCGUCCCGGUCGAGCCGACGCACCUGGGCGGUUGGUGCAAGAAGCUGGUGUGCCAGAAGGAGGUGCGGCGCGCGGUGAACGUCAAGGGACUGCUCUUUCACGACGACACGCUCGAGUCGUUUUUCCGGCGAUUGGCCUGGUCGCCCUGCGGGAGCUUCCUCGCGAUCCCCGCGGGGUUGCACAGGGAGGAGGGCGGCGCGACGCAGGGAGGAGGUCACGCCGUCUACCUCUACCAGCGCGGCAGGUUCGCGAGGCCGGCGAUUCGUCUUCCGUGCGUCGCCCCCGCGGCGUGCGUUCGCUUCUCACCGCGUCUGUACCGAAGGAAAACUCCAGUGGAGGCGCCUCGCACCCCGGCGCCGGAAACGGCCGCCGGGGAGGUGCGUCACGAGGAAACGGCCGCCGCGGAAACGGUCGCGCAAGCCGUGGGAGCCGAACCGGCGGUCGACGGCGCGCAGCAGCCGGGCGGCGAGGCGAAUGCGGACGACGACGCGGCGAUCCCGGGCGACGGCGGCGCGGCGCCCGCGGCUGACGCGGCCGCGGCCGUCACCGUCGAGCCGGCUCCCGACUUUGACCUCCCCUACCGCGUCGUCUUCGCCGUGUGCACCACCGACACCGUCGCCGUCUACGACACCGGCGCGGAUGCCCCCGUGGCGUUCGUCUCGGGUCUGCACUACGCCACCAUCACCGACGCGGCGUGGUCCCCGUGCGGGCUCAAGCUGGUGGUGAGCUCCAGCGACGGGUACUGCUCGGCGCUGACGUUCACGGAGGCGGAGCUGGGACGCGCGCUCGCGCCCGAGGAGGUUCCCGAGCACAUCGCGCACGUGCUUCCGCAGCGGAGGGUCAAGUCCGCGGAGGAGAGGGCGAGGCGCGCGGCGGAGGCGGCGAAGGCGGCGGCGGAGAGGUCCGCGGCGGCGCAGGCGGCGGCACGAGUCGCACAGUCGGCGCCGGCGAGGACGGAGGCAACCGCGGCGGCCGCCGACGGGCCAAAGAGGAUCGCGCCCCAGGCGGUGACCGCCGACGGGCCGAAGAGGAUCGCGCCCCAGGCGGUGACCGCCGACGGGCCGAAGAGGAUCGCGCCCCAGGCGGUGACCGCCGACGGGCCCGAGAGGGUGAUGCCCACGCCGGCGGAACCCGCGAGGAGGGUGGUUCCCGUGCCGACGGCGGAAGUUGGCGAGAAGCGACCGAUCGAUUCGGUGGACGGGGAGGCGGAGGAGAAGAAGCCCACGAGGAUCGCCCCGACGCCGAUGUGA